AUGGACAACCACGUCUUAGGGGCUCUGGACAUAUAUGGUCCCAACAUUGUCACAUCCGAAGGCUCUCAAUGGGCACAUCUGCGUCGACAUACAGCGGCAACGUUUAAUGAGAGAACUAGCGCCCUGGUUUGGGAGGAAACAAUCCGCCAGACAAACGAAAUGGUGCAAUAUUGGAAGGAUGAGCACUCUCGAAGCUCUUCACAAUCCGAGCUUAUUCUAACAGGCGCUAGAGAGGAUAUCUUAAAACUCACUCUCAAUAUUAUCUGCAGUGUUGGAUACGGAGUGAAGCUUCCGUUCAAACCCGUCCUUGAAAAUUCGGCUGAUAGUGCUGAAGGCUUAUUCAAAGACGCCAUAACACCUUCACCAGGCUAUCACUUCACAUUCCGCUCUGCGAUGGAGUAUUUGAAUAAGCACAUGACCUCGAUAUUUAUAGCCAAUGGCCACCUUCCCAAAUGUAUCCCACGGUCCAUACUACCAUUCUUCAAGAGAGACUUUGAUGCGUUCGACGAUAUAGGCAGGUAUCUGCGGGCUUUAGUAUCGACGGCUGAAACAAAGGAAGCCCUAACACAGAAUUUGAUUGAUGGUUUAGUCAGAUCUAAACAGAAGAGAAAUAAAGACCAAGGACUCGACCCUGAUCUUACGGAUGAUGAGAUACUUGGGAACCUAUUCGUAUUCACAAUCGCUGGGCAUGAAACCACUGCUGUUACUCUUCAGUUUGCUCUUGUGCUCCUUGCUCUCAAUCAAGAUGCACAGGAGUAUUUGUAUGAGGGGAUUCGAGAAGCAACAUGUGGCGAGCCUCAUAACCCUGUCGAGUGGGAUUACAGACGGGUUUACCCAAAGCUCGUUAGCCCUUUAUGUGUAAUGCUUGAAACACUUCGGAUGUAUCCCCCAGUGACAAGCAUCCCCAGGUGGACAGGAGACUCCGCAGUCAAUAUCACAUAUCAUAAUCAGUCUUACCUCCUUCCGCCGCAUGUUUAUGUCAGCGUCAAUACUAGUGGGCUUCAUUACUCUGAAGAGUACUGGGGCUCAGAUGCAGCUGUGUACGAUCCUAAGAGAUGGGAUAAGCAGAACAUAGAAAGCUUUCUCGCGAAGAAUGAGGGAGCGGGUCUGUCUGGACCUGGGUUAGAAUAUGACACAAUCCAUGAACCAGUUCGAGGGUCAUAUAUUCCCUUCAGCGACGGCUUUCGGGCGUGUGUUGGCAAGAAAUUCGCUCAGGUUGAGUUUGUAGUUGCCGUGGCUAUUAUAUUUCGUGAGUAUCAUGUUAUGUUGGCGAAACCCAGUGAGUGUGAGACCGAGGACGAUAUGCGUCGAAGGGCGGAGAAAGUUUUACAGGAAAGUACUUCGUUUAUCACAUUGUCGAUGCGUGACGAAGUACCGCUCUUGUUCCAGAAACGGUGCGUUAGCAAGGCUUGA